AUGCCUUCGACCCCUACUAGUAAUUUUGUUGUUUUACCUAACCGUCCAAUUGUUACAUCGAAUGGUGAAAUCAAUCGAAGUCAUUUAAAACUUCACUAUUGGGAAUGGAAAGGUCAUGAGCCAAUCAUACUUUUUUGUCAUGGCUGUUCAUUUCAUGGCCGAUGCUAUGAUCGUAUUAUUAAUGAAGCUUUAAAUGGUUUUCAUGUAAUUGCUAUAGACUUACGUGGCCAUGGCCGAUCACAAGCACAUCCUCCUAAUUAUGAUGUUCGAUGGCUUGGAGAAGAUGUUUUAGAAUUUAUUGAAACACUCAGUCUUUCAAAAGAUCAACUCAUUGGUAUUGCUCAUUCUAUGGGUGGCUAUGCAUUAACUUAUGCUGCAGCUAUAGCACCAACACGUUUAUUUCGAUAUUUGCUCUUGUUCGAUCCUGGUAUUAUUUCUCGAUCAUUGUAUAGUAUUGGUGAUCAGAGACAUGAAGCAUUGGACUAUAUUUUACGUCGAAAAAAUCAAUGGUCUUCUAUCGAAGAAAUGAUAUCAAAAUUAGAAAACCGUGAACCAUUUUCACGAUGGUUAAAAGAUAUUCUUCGAAAUUAUUGUACUUACGCAUUGAAUGAAAAUUAUAAACUUACAUGUACUGCAGAAGCAGAACAUUCCUUAUAUCAAUCAAGUUUACAAUCGACCUCCAACAUUUAUCCAUUGAUUGAACAAUCAAAAUUUAUUAAAGAUAUUCCAAUACAUGUCGUAAGAUCAUCACUUCCAUUUUCUAUAGGUCAAUUUGAUACAUCACCAACAGCACCGGAUCUUGUAAAAUGGUUUAAAAAAGGACGAAUUACUCAUAUGAAAAAUGCCACACAUUUGUUUCCAAUGGAACAACCUGGGUUAACGAGUGAUUAUGUGAAAGACAUGAUUAGAGAAAAUAUACGUUCUCAACUUUAA